UAUUUAUGGGAGUAGUUUUGUAGCUAUAGCCUUUGCCUAGUGUUUGUUUGUGUCUUAAGCUAUCAGCCAUUUACUUCUGCAAUCACAAAACGCAAAAAAUAUUAGAAGAAGGGAGAGGAAAUGGCUGCAGACGUGAGUUCCCUGGUGAAGACUCGAAAUUCAGAGAUUCUCAUCACUAGGGAUUUGCUUGGAGGCUUAUCUAAAGUUGGAAACUCUGCCCCUUUGGAUCUCGAUUUACGCCUCCCUAAAUCCUGCUCCGAAAUCCCUCUUCAUUUGCAGACAGCAGGAAUGGUGUAUCCGCAGAGAUGCAGCUCUCCAAACACGCCAUUAUCAUUAUUGUUUGAGAAGAGAAACUCUAAUAAAUUUCCAGAAUCAACGAUCCAAGACAACACUAAAGAAUCUCCACCGUUGAAAUUCUUAGAAGAAAGCUGCCUGGAACUGAAGCUUCAUCCUUCAAGCCAUUGCCAAAGCGUCUGUACUCUCGACAAGGUCAAAUCUGCUCUACAAAGAGCUGAGAAAGAGACCAACAGCAAGAAACGAUCAUCACAAACUGAACUAGAGCUGAGAGAUCAAAACGACAGCGUAGAAAAAGAAGAAAAAGAAGAAAAAGAGAUCAAAGGUGAUAAAGGGAUGUUUGCUGCUGGAUGUCCAGGGUGUUUGAUGUAUGUGAUGAUAUUGAAGGCUAACCCUAAAUGCCCUCGCUGUAAUUCCACUGUUCCAUCUCCAUUUCUAUUGAAGAAGCCAAGAAUUGAUCUCAAUGCAUGAUCACUUUUAUUAAUUUUCAAAUUCAUAUUAUUUAUAAUUAUGCUUUCUUUUGCAAAUAUUAAGUUUUUUGUGAAUGAAAAAUGGAUUUAUUUUAUUUUAUUUUAU